AUGUCCGCUAGCGGCUUCACCAGUCCAUUUGGGGCCAAUUCGAACCCCUUUGGCUCGCCGGAAGAAAGGAGAGGUGUGGCCGGAUCUAUCCAACCGGUACUGGAAGAGGAGGAGGUCGAUGGAAUUGGCAGUGACCCCAUUUCAUUCAAAAGCCCUGGAUUCCGGGCACCAUUCGGUGGAGGCGACGCAAACUCGGAAGGACCACCAUCCUCCAGGCAACAGAACCCAGAUGGGUAUCCAGCCCAGUACAACUUUGCAAGGAGAACUUCAGUCUCGGCCGAGUCACUGAAGCCGAUUGCCGAUUCAUAUGACAAUUGGACCCCGCCCUUCCAUCCAAAGAGUGCCGAGCAGCUGGACAGGCUGAAGAAGGCCAUACAAGGCAACUUCCUUUUUAGCCACUUGGACGAUGAGCAAAGUGCUCAAAUUCUCGGCGCUCUGGUGGAAAAGCCCAUCCCUGCCAAGGACAUCAAGGUAAUUGUCCAAGGUGAUGCUGGUGACUAUUUCUAUGUUGUUGAGAAGGGCAAGUUCAACGUCUACGUCAACUCCAGCGGCGUGAUGCAAGCAGGAACCCAAGGCCUGGGCGACCACGUCGGUACCAUCGAGGCAGGAGGCUCUUUUGGCGAGCUGGCGCUCAUGUACAAUGCACCGCGAGCGGCUACAGUCAUGUCAGCCGAGCCCAAUUGUGUUCUUUGGGCCCUGGACCGCGUAACUUUCCGCCGCAUCCUCAUGGAGUCGACAUUUUCGCGUCGCCGGAUGUACGAGAACUUCCUUGAAGAGGUUCCCAUCUUGUCUACGUUGACAGCAUACGAGCGAUCGAAGAUUGCCGAUGCACUUGAGACACAAAAAUACCCUCCUGGCACAGUUGUAAUCAAGGAGGGUGAUCCGGGCGAAGACUUCUACCUCCUUGAGUCCGGCGAGGCUGAAGCUUUCAAAGCGGGGAUUGACCAACCUGUGAAGCUCUAUAAGAAGGGUGACUUCUUUGGAGAACUUGCUCUGCUAAACGAUGCACCGCGCGCUGCCAGUGUGGUGAGCAAGACGGAGGUCAAGGUAGCAGCACUGGGGAAGUCGGCCUUCCAAAGACUCCUUGGGCCAGUGGAGCCAAUUAUGAGGCGCACAAGAUAUGAUGCCAUCAAAACCGGUGUCGAGGAAAUGGAUCCACUACAGGCUGCCUAA